GGCUUGCGUCGUUCCACGCACGACGAGACUCAUUGACGGGCGAUACUUUGGCAAGAGAGAGGGAGAAAUUUCCGUGCCCUUUGCACUUUGUGUGCGAUUUUUGUGCCGCAGUUGCACUGAUCGUCGGAGCUUUCGAAUCUUGCUUUUGGGUGUUCCUCGACGAGACUGCAUUUUGCGUAUUGGAGCGCCAUGGCAGCCAAGGUGCCGUUCUCGAAGCGAUGGAUCAAGCCUGAGGGAUGGAGGGCUACAUUUUUUGGGUUAUGGUGAUCUACCCACUCUUUUUUGCUAUCGGAGCAGCUUUGGGCAUCUGCGGGUAUGCGAUGGCCCGCAACCUCGCCAUCAAUCCCGAUGUCAGAAUUACAAAGGAAGACCGAGCUGCGGGAGUCCUAGAAAAUUACAAGGAAGGGGAGGCUUACAAAAUGCACGGUCUUCGAGCCUACGUUCGGCAGCAGGAGCCCCAGAUCAUGCCUGGUUUCAACAACUACUUUUCAGGCGCGAAGUGAGUGCCUUGUUGCUCCUUCAUGUCGACGGUUUCAAGUGGCCGAGUUUUUAUCGUCAAAAGAAACAUACUUUUUAAGGGUUUGGUUGGAAGUUGAGGUUAUUGAUGGUGAAUUAUCAGCAAUCCUCAAAACAGCUUUUGAACUUGGGUUGUUGGUAGUGAUUGUCCUAGAGCAGGUGCUCUUGGAGCCUGGCUUCAGUAACACCAGUUGUCUUGGUUUCUUAAGUAUCAAGAAAUUCGUGAAUAUGGUGUGAAAUUUGAAUUUAGCAUCUAAACGCUCUCAGUCAUUUGUUUACUUGCUUGUUUUUUUACUUGAGACUACGUUAGCUACUGAGAUCUCAAUCCAUUCUCAAAAUUUUCAAGGUAUUUUAAUCACUUUUCGCAUGUUCA